AUUUCAAUGGCGUUUGAUUGAGAGUUUUCUUGUCCGGCAACGCUAGAGAUAGCUUGGAAGAAACGGCGAAACGGAUUCAAUUCGUGGCUUAACUCUCGGUCGUCAACGCAUCCAGUCACGAAUUCAUACUUCGCCAUUAUCCCUUACCUUUAAUUGACGCAAAGAGGAAACAACGUAAAUAUGUCGGACUUUAGUGAUUUGGAUCGACAAAUUGAACAACUCAGAAGGUGUGAAAUCAUUAAAGAAUCAGAAGUUAAAGCCCUGUGUGCUAAAGCAAGGGAGAUUCUUGUCGAGGAAAGCAAUGUUCAGCGGGUUGAUUCUCCUGUCACAGUCUGCGGCGAUAUUCAUGGCCAGUUUUAUGACUUAAAAGAACUUUUUAAAGUGGGUGGGGAUGUUCCAGACACAAAUUACCUUUUCAUGGGUGAUUUUGUUGAUCGGGGGUUUUACAGUGUAGAGACCUUUCUUCUACUAUUAGCUUUAAAGGUUCGUUACCCAGAUCGCAUCACUUUGAUUAGAGGGAAUCACGAAUCACGUCAAAUUACCCAAGUUUAUGGUUUCUAUGACGAAUGUUUUAGAAAGUACGGUUCAGUCACAGUGUGGCGAUAUUGUACUGAAAUUUUCGACUACCUUAGUCUUUCGGCGAUUAUUGACGGCAAGAUCUUCUGUGUACAUGGUGGACUAUCUCCUUCAAUUCAGACAUUGGACCAAAUCCGAAUUAUUGACAGAAAACAGGAAGUUCCUCACGAUGGACCAAUGUGUGACCUUCUUUGGUCUGAUCCUGAAGAUACACAACAAGGAUGGGGAGUCAGUCCACGCGGUGCCGGUUACCUUUUUGGCUCUGACGUUGUGCAACACUUUAACACCUCAAAUGACAUCGAAAUGAUUUGCAGAGCACAUCAACUUGUCAUGGAAGGCUACAAAUGGCAUUUUAACGAAACAGUCCUCACAGUGUGGUCUGCACCUAACUACUGCUAUAGGUGUGGAAAUGUGGCUGCCAUUUUGGAAUUGGACGAGAAUCUCCAUCGAGAAUUCACGAUUUUUGAAGCUGCCCCUCAAGAAACUCGUGGCAUUCCUUCCAAAAAACCUCAAGCCGAUUAUUUCCUAUGAGAAGCGCAAAAUGUUGAUCGUUAUAUACCUGCGAUUUUUUUUUACAAAAAAAGUAAUUAUUCAGUAAUGCAUAAACGAAAAAAAAAAAAAAAGAGGCUGAUGAGAGAUACGCCAUCGGUUGCAACAGCAAAGAGCCUGUAUCAUGUUGGUUGACCAUUACCUUGACCGCCCGGACUAACAAAUAGGUUUUUGAAAUUCUGUCCUGUCCCAUCCCACCCUUUUUUUGGUAAAUACAGUCUUGUCCUUUAUAAUAAAAA